AUGUCUUCCUGGAUCCAGCGGCACGCUGGCUCCCAGCAGACGCAGCUUGCGGCCACAGCUGUAAUUUCGGGUGCUGCUGUCGCCGGCGCCAUCUUGGGCUACCAAGCACUCAGAAGAAAAGAAGCCGUUAGCGAGCUUAAAGCUUCCAUCCCCAACAUUGACGAGGAACACCAUGCUGAGAGGCUUACGAAGUUCGGAACGGCGGCCGCACUGAGCAAAGAAGACGAGCGCAGCGCAGCUCUUGCUCGUCGCGCCCAGCUGGGUGACUAUGAUGACGACCUCAUCCUCGAACAACUUGCGCGCAAUCGGGUUUUCCUUACCGACGAAGGCCUUGCGAAGCUCCGGGAAUCGUUCAUAAUUGUCGUGGGAUGUGGCGGUGUCGGAUCGCACGCCGCGGCGUCGCUCGUGCGAUCGGGCGUGGCUAAAAUCCGACUGAUCGAUUUCGACCAGGUCACACUCUCGUCGCUGAACCGCCAUGCUCUCGCCACGCUGGCGGACGUCGGAACGCCAAAAGUCCACUGCAUUCGCAAGCGAAUGGAACAGAUCACGCCGUGGACCAAGUUCGACUGUCGCAACCAGCUCUUUGGGGGGUCUGUCGCGGAGGAGCUGCUGGCGCCGUGGUCAUUCGACGACGCCGAUAAGGGACGGAAGCCGGAUUACGUGCUGGACUGCAUUGACAACAUCACCUCCAAGGUCGAGCUGCUGCACUACUGCCACUCGCACUCGAUCCCGGUGAUCUCGUCCAUGGGCGCAGGGUGUAAGUCGGAUCCAACGCGGGUGACGGUGGGCGACAUUUCCGUCAGCACCGAUGAUCGUCUGUCGCGUGCUACGCGACGACGGCUUAAGCCUUUGGGCGUGAGCACCGGGAUUCCCGUGGUGUUCUCGACCGAGCGACCUGGUCCCGGGAAGGCCACACUACUGCCCUUGGCAGAGGAAGAGUUCUCCAAGGGGGAGGUAGGGGAGCUGAGUGUUCUGCCGGACUUCCGUGCACGCAUCCUACCGGUGCUGGGAACGAUGCCAGCAGUGUUCGGGUACACCGUCGCGAACCAUGUUAUCUGCGACAUCGCAGGAUAUCCUAGAGACUACAAUGUGUCUGGAAAGGGACGAGAAAAGAUGUACGACAGCAUUUUGACUGCUGUCCAAGGGUAUACGGAACGGCUGGCCAGACAUGACGCUGGAGAGCAGAUUAUCGGCCUCCGCAUCCCCGUCAGCAAGGAUGAUGUCGGGUUCAUCGUGGAUGAGAUUUAUAGAGGCAAGAGUGCAAUCAGCGGUCUCACCAGUCGACUGACAAUUGUGCCUUGGGAGCGGCCCGCGGGUGGCUUUGUUGUUGACCCUGUAUAUGAAGGGGAAGGACAGAAGUGUCUCCCCUUGCGAUUGAAAGAUCUGGUUUGCAUGACCAAAGAAGAGGCUGCGGUCCACGAGAGAGAGGUUUUACUCGGCUCGAAGAAACCAGAAGAGUUCUAUGACUCCAAGGUCGUUGAGAAAGUGAAACAGCGGUCGAAGGAGGUGGAGCUUUACGAGAAUGACGCAUCAUGA